AUGACAUCGUUGGAAGGCGUCCCGACGACGAACAUAAUACCGUCUACCGCCAUAUGUAUCGCUCUUUUGUUAAAUAAAAAAACGCAAGUAGAGACGUGUAAGUACUGCGCCAGAUAUAUAGGUGUGGAUGUCCCAAAAUAUUUCCUAGAGGCAUCUUGGUCGUAUUAUACAAUUUUUAAAAAGAGAAAAAAUUUUUCCAGCGACGACUCUUUCUCAUCGAGACCCUUUUAUGGUGAAGGGCCCUACAAGGCCUUUCCCUUGAAUUUGGCCCGCACUAAGUGCACACCAUCACACGAUAAACCAACUGAUAAAUUGGAGUAUCGAAAAUUUGAUAACGCAAUAGAGUUGUAA